AUGGAGAAAGCACACAAGAUGAUCAAGACACACCUCGAGAAGAUGGAGCAGGCCGCCUCCGCCGCCAACGAGAAUCGCAAGCUGGACAUCAUUGAACAGGCCCGCCUUCAAGACGAACUCGCCGACAAGCAGUGGGAGGCUACCAAGGCCAUGGCCACGGGCAGCCUCGCUCUGUACAACCAGAACAAGAACUCAUCGGACGCCUUUGAGAAGGCUCGGCGCCUGGGUCCCAAGAUCCGUCGAUCUGGGGCCCAGGGCAAGGUGAAGACCUGUAUAUAUUGCUACCAACGAUUCACGGCGAACGACGAGUGUCGCCGUCACCUGAAGCUCCAGCAUUACGCUGAGAUGUGGCCUGAUUGGACGGCCGCCGAGGCCCAGGCCGCCGCGGAGCGCGAUGCUCCUUGA